UGGCGUUGCGCGGAUGCACAAUCACGUGACUCUGCUUAACGUCGCCUGGGCUUAGCUAUGGCUGCUCAAGCAUUUGGAGCAUACGGGUGAAUAGAAGAUUAGGGUGUCUGUAGACGGUGUCACCGGAUGGGGUUUACAAAGCCAUAAUUAAUACUCUUGGAGAGAACUAUACGUGGAUGUAGUCCUGGGUGAUUCAAGAGGAUGAAGCCAUUUUAGAAGAUUCUGGUUUUGUGACAUUUUGUUUUUUUUUGUUUGUUUGUUUUUUACUCCCUUGGUUCUUAUGGCCAAGGAUUUGGAAUGUUUAGCUUGAUGGCGAAUUGCUGUGAUUGGUUAAAACGAUGGAGAGAACCAGUGAGAAAAGUCACAUUGGUAAUAGUGGGCCUUGAUAAUGCUGGCAAAACUGCAACUGUGAAAGGGAUUCAAGGAGAGUCUCCUGAAGAUGUGGCCCCGACAGUUGGAUUUUCAAAAGCAGACAUUAAGCAGGGGAGAUUUGAGAUCACAAUGUUUGACUUGGGUGGUGGAAAGAGAAUUCGAGGAAUUUGGAAAAACUAUUAUGCUGAAUCUUAUGGAGUAGUGUUUGUUAUUGACUCGAGUGAUAUUAACAGGAUGGAAGAAACAAAGGAAACAAUGGCUGAAGUUCUAAGGCAUCCUAAAAUUUCAGGAAAACCAGUUUUAAUCUUGGCAAAUAAACAGGACAGGGAAGAAGCUUUACAAGAAGCUGACAUAAUAGAGUUAAUUGCGCUGGAAAAACUUGUAAAUGAAAACAAGUGCUUAUGUAAAAUUAAUGAAGAGAAAAUCAGGAAAGAAAAACAGAAACAAAACAUGUGCAAUGAACAAAAUGAAAUUAAUUUGCCGCUUGAACCUAAAGGGGCAGAUGAUCAAAUGGAGACAGAAAAUGAAGGAAGCCAAAGCAGUCGUCAUGGCGAUUUACUGAACUCUUACAAAGAUGCUCUAGAACAGAAGCUAGAGCAGGAAGAUACAAUGAUGGAGUCAUCCAGUAGGGGAGAUUCAGCAAACAGCAAAAAGAAAUCAAAAAAGAAUAAGUUAAAAAGAAGUCAUAAAGUUGAACCUGUCAAUACAGAGGAAUCUGCUCCAAAGAGUCCAACUACACCUCCUUUGACAGCACCUGUCGGCUGGGGAACCCCAAAAGUUACUAGGCUUCCUAAACUUGGGCCUCUCGGAGAAACACAUCAUAAUGAUUUUUAUGGAAAACCACUUCCUCCGCUGACGUUACGGCAAAAACCCAACAGUGAUGCACACGAUGUCAUCUCUUAAAAUCUCAGCAUUUCAACACAAUUUUUUUCUACUUUAAGGAAUUACUGGAAUCACAUUAUCAAACUAUUUUUUUUAUUCAUAAACCACAUAAGAAAAAAUAUCAAUGUUGAAUUAUUCUAUCCUGAUUUUACUGGUCAGUCAAUCUGCCUUAGAACUGUUGACUAUCGUCUGGGGCGCAUAGCACAUUUUAUUAGUAAGUCACUUUUCACAACAGUGUGUUAAUACUUCCCGUAAAGGUUCAGAUUCACUUACUUGCAAAUGCACCUGUUAUCGCUGUGGAACAAAAUGACUUUUUGGACCAUGUAUUAACUGUUUAUAUUUAAGUAUUUGGUUACAAAAUUGAUAUGGAACACAGUAUUUAUACUAUUUUUAAGGUCUUUUUUUAACCACAUCUGAAAAAGGAGCAAAAGCUCAUCAAAUUUUAACAUUGUAUAAAAAAAAAAACAAAUACUGUUUUUUUGUUUUUUGUCUUUUUAUUUUUAAUGUGUUUGGAACCACAUGUCUAACUUUCUAUUCCACUAGCUUUGAAACAGCUAUUUUCUCAGUGGUAUUCCAAUUUUGGCUGUUUAAAUAUUACUGUUACAAUGAUUGUAAAUAACAAUUAUUAUUUUUAACAGAGAACUGAUAAUUGUAAAACAUUACAUAAAUUCAUUGAAAAAUGUGA